UGUCUAACCCCCCCCCCCCAAAAAAACAGGAAAGUAAGGUUCAGCCAAUGAGCGGCCUUGCUAAAGUCGUCUCAAACUUGAGUUGGGAGGCAAGUGCCCCCGCGCUCCCGUCGCCGCGUUUGGAUAAGGGGCCGCAGGUGGUGGAAGGGCGCAGCGGGAGCGCAUUGUCUUCAUGCAAAACUUUGUUUUCACCGGACUGCGUGGCUAUUGUGUGCGCCUCGGCAUAUAUGGAGGUACAAGUGGUGCCACGGAGGUGCUCGGGCGUUUAAGGAGAGCGGGGUUUUGUUGCGUGUGAUUUUUUUUUUCUCUCCUCGUUUUAGAAAACGGCUCGCGUCUUUCUCCACGAAACCUCUCGCCCUCCGCCCGUCGCCAUGAGUUGCCUUGAUGUGAUGUACCAAAGUUAUGGAGCGCACUAUAUCCCCGCCUCGCAAGUGGCCGCAGCGGCGGCGUACAAAGCGGCGUGCUAUCGCCACCAGCAGCCGCCGCUGCACCACCACCACCACCAGCAGCACCAGCAGCACCAGCAGCAGAAGAAGCCCGGUGGGUGCAGUAAGAUGCAGGAGUGCGUGGAGCAGCAGCAGCAGCAGCAUUGCCCAGGGGGCAGUCGGCAGCAGCGAGGGGGGAUGCUGCCCAGGGAACAGGACCUCCCGCGGACCUCGGGGGCACCGGCGACUGGGUCUGGUGGUGGACCCGCCUCAGAUUUAACCAGUAAGGACGGCAGCCAGCCAGCGGAGGCGGAGUACCUGAGCUCCCGCUGUGUCCUGUUUACGUAUUUCCAAGGCGACAUCGGGGAUGUGGUGGAUGAGCACUUUUCCCGGGCUCUCAGCCAACCCGGCAUCUUCAGCGGGGAGACCAAACCCAUUAGGGUCACCCAGUCACCGGCUUCGGCUGCCAGCGGCUUAUGGAAAGAUGGCGCCCCUCCCCCCGAGGGCCAGUGCAGCUCCCUUUCCUCCCCGGCUUGGAACAGUGCCUACCCAUCCCAGGCCAGUCCCUGUCUCCCCUCUGUUUCUGUCUCCAUUCGUCCGGACUUCUCUCCCAGUCCCGUGCCCUUCCAUUCUGCUGAUGGAGCCCUGUGGGCAGGGCACCCCAUCUCCCAGGCCGGCCUUCAACCUCCAGCACCCCUCCCCGACACUUGGACCUACAGUCUCAGCCCCCAAAGCACGGGAGGCUACACCCACAUUCACGACGUCUAUUCUCACCCCCACACACACGUACAUGCCCGACACCCCCACACUGUGAUCCACUCCUACCCAGCCCACAGCCCAGCCCUGGACCCCAGGUUCAGCUCUCUGCUGCUGCCUGGAGUCAGGAGCCACAGCCAGCCGGUCCUCAGCCCACGCAGCCACGGUGAGGGGAAAAAGGCGGCGAUAGACCCCAGCACCUCCUCCGCUGCCUGGCCAACAUCGGCACCGGAAGUCUACGACUCAGCUGUGGAUCCGGAGAAAGUCAAGGCCUCGGGCUGGUUCUGACACGCCGAGCCAGGGAGCGGUUAUCACUUGCGCGGCUAUCUAUCACUGUGACGGAAUUCCUGGAGAAGUCUCCGGAUAAAACCUCCCGCACUGUACAGACAAUGGAUGUUUCCGGAUCCUGUAGCAGAUUGUAGCACUGACCACUUGACUCAGGAGCGCUCGGGGAGACCGUAGGAGGCGAGUGUGAUGCUCUUGCUGCAGAUCGAGGCCUCGUGGCGGGCGGCGCGAGGAGGCCGCUUACUGUGUACAGUAAGUCUUGGACCUGCGUUCUUACUUCUCGUGUAACGCGGGACGCGUGGUUCUGUUUCAGGGACCUGGUUUUUUGAGGUUUUCCACACACUGUUUUGUACGAGAAGAUGGUCAUGCCGUGAAUAAUUUUGUAUACAGUUUUUGUUGUUGUUGUUGUGUGAAUUUGUUGUUGGCUAGCUUUGUCCUGUUACUUGUUGCCGAAAUUCUGCCAUUGCUUCUUCUGCCUCUGGGUGAACAUGUCUUAAUGUGGUCGUGUAUAGUGUAAAUACAAGUACCUGUACAUAAUAAAAAACA